AUGUCUGCUACAACUACUUUAAUAACCUUCAUGGUCCGAACGCCACCAACCACGCGCACCGUCAGCCUAUGGGGAUCUUGGGAUAACUUCAACACGCCGUACCCUAUGAAGAGGGAUAGCCGAAUAGGUCCUGAGCAUUGGUCUGGCUGCCACAACUUCGCCAAUAUCAUCUGUGAUGGUAGACUAGAUGGCGAAGUCCAGCCUCGGCAAGGUGGCUUGAAAAUGGGUGGCACAUACUGGUACUAUUACAAACUCGACGACGACCUCGACUUUCAUAACGCUGUGGAACCCGCCACAACUCAAUGCCCCAUGUUACCAGGCCAGCUGGUAAAUGUUCUGAACGUUCCCGUCAACCUCAGCGGAGGUCGAUCUCGGAAUGCUAGCGUGAGCUCAACAACCUCUGACCUUUACACCAUGAACCCUAACGACAAAUUCGUCAAUCCGCGGCCUGUUCCCAAGCCACAACUUCCGCGCCUGAGAACAUCGCCAACUUUACCUCAGGAAACCUGGCCAGCCUUUACCCCAACUUCUGCUUCAUCUGGCCGAGCAGGACGCUCUGCAACAUCCGCCGGGACGGGCAGUGCAUCGACUCUCCGAUUCCGCUCGAAGUCUCCCGGGAGUGCGUUGUCUGGGAGCAUUCGAUCAGCAUUCAGAUCCUUUCGCACGCCAAGAUCUCGGAGUCCAGAAGGACGUUUGCCUCGGUCAGCUAACAGAUCACCCACCAAAUCUAAUUUCAUCAAGCGUCCAGGACUUUCUGCGGGAUCAUCUAGGGACGCUUCACCGAGCGUUCGAAGUGAUCAUGACCUUGUGUUUCGGCGGAACACGGACGGCGACCAAGCUGCUGAGCAAGUUGAUAUUGUAUCGUUCCAGCAACAUCGCCGCCAACGGUCUCGAUCUCGCGAUCCAUCAUCACUGCGGAAUUCGCUUAUCAUCGAGACCAACUCGCCCGCCAUCUUCCAAGACUUCGAGAGCCAGCGAGCCCAUGUACUCAGUGCUGUCAAAGAAGUCGUCUCAACACAAAACACUCCAGCUAAUCCGAUGGUCGUCGAACCUGCUGAUCAGUCUCCGGCUUUCGAUUUCAGCGACCUAAGCAAACGCCUCCCGACGCUGCCAAACACUCCAUCCUCCGCAUAUCCCCCAAGUACGAUCUUCAGCGAGUCUGUCAACAUAGAAGUGCUGCAGAGUCAUUUCUCAAGUACGACUAUUGACACGACUCCCAGUGAAGGUGACGGACUCACACCGAACUCUCUACACUUUUCUGUGGGCACAGGGAGAUUGGACCUCACAUCGUUGUAUUGCGACAGCGUUAUUGUCGACGAGCCGAUGAGCAGUUUGCUGGCCUCGUUCCCUGCUACACCAAAGAGAACAGGCGAUAAGGAGAGGUUCGAUGAGACUGAAUUCGAGGACACGCCGCAAAGAAGCUGCCAACCGAACGGAACGCUUGGCCUAUCUACCUCGUUCAGUACGUCAACGGUGAGCUCUGUGUCAACCGCUUCGGUCCCAGCGAGCCCGACAGAAGACUAUGAGCAAACAGCGCUGCCGCAGUCGCCACUCGAGAGGAAAGGCUCUGACACUUCCAACCGAUUUCAAUAUCAUCACUAUCGACUUCCAUCAUCGGCAUUGGGAUCAGAGAUCACCUUGAAAUCGCCGACGACCAAGCGCGAAGGAUUCGUGCAUGUUUCCCCGGGCCUUCCUUACGAACUCGAUGUCCCGGAGGGCUCUGCAGAUACAACUCUGAUGGCUCACUCCACAGGCAUGCAGCAAUUGAUGGAAGAGCUUAGCUACUUAGGCGGGAUGAUCCACCAAAAUUAA